AUGCUGACGUUGAUUGUUGGUUUCGAUACCAAGUCGGCGACUGCGAUGUCAAAAUGUAUGAUCACGGGAGCUGCUGUUUCAACCGUGUACUGCAACCUCAAGCUGAAACACCCGACUUUGAACAUGCCAAUGAUAGACUAUGAUCUAGCCCUGCUCAUACAACCCAUGCUCAUGAUGGGGGUCAGCAUUGGGGUUAUUUGCAAUGUGAUAUUCCCCGACUGGCUUGUCACAGUUCUCUUCAUCGUCCUUUCUCUAGUUACUUCAACUAAAGCUUUUCUGAAGGGUGUUGAAACAUGGAAGAAAGAGGCACUAAUAAUAAGGGAGGCAGCGGCGAAAAAAUCAAACCAAUCUGGUGAUCGAAUUGAGUACACACCGCCUACCGGAUCCGAUGCCAUAGCAGAGACAAGACUCCCCUCGGAUGAAGCGGUAUCCAUUUGGAAGAACAUUUACUGGAAGGAGUUUGGACUCCUUAUCCUUGUUUGGGCAGCAAUCCUUACACUUCAAGUCGCCAUGAACUACGUGGAAACUUGCUCCACUUUGUACUGGGUUUUCAGCCUACUCCAGAUCCCAGUGUCGGCUGGAGUGUCCAUAUACCAGGCAGUAGGUUUGGUGCAGGGAAAGAGGGUGAUAUCAUCAAGGGCAAAUACACAGACUAGCCUAAAAUCCCAUCUAGUGUUGAUAUGCUUCUUUGGUGUCACUGCUGGUGUCCUCGGCGGUCUUCUUGGCCUCGGUGGAGGCGCAAUCAUGGGGCCACUUUUCUUGGAGCUUGGUAUUCCUCCACAGGUCUCAAGUGCUACAGCCACCUUUGCAAUGAUGUUUUCAUCAUCCAUAGCCGUCAUAGAGUACUACCUCCUGAACCGGUUCCCUAUACCAUAUGCUCUCUUUUUCACAUGUGUGGCAUUCAUUGCUGCAAUCAUUGGUCAGCUCGUUGCAAGGAAACUGAUAAACUGGUUAGGAAGGGCAUCAUUUAUCAUCUUCGUGUUGUCCUUCAUGAUCUUCAUUGGUGUGAUUCCUCUAGGUGGAGUCGGUAUCUUAAACAUGAAGCACAAGAUGGUGCGGCACGAGUACAUGGGAUUUCAGGACAUUUGCAAGUCUGAUGCAUAG